AUGGCUAUUAUUAUUUCGCAACGUGCAGCAGAAUGGAUAAAAUUUCCGAAAACAACGACUGAAUUUAAGGCAGAGCAAACGUUAUGGAACACGAAAUAUAAAAUGCCAUUUGCAGUAGGAGCAAUUGAUUGCACACAUUUCAAAAUAAAAAAACCUUUGAAUAAUUCUGAUGAAUACAUUUGUCGAAAAGGGUUUUAUUCAAUAAAUGUGCAAGCAACAUGCAAUGUUAAUGCAUUGUUUACAAGUGUCGAUGUUUCUUGGCCUGGUUCUGUGCAUGAUUCUCGAAUUUUUAAAAAAAAUUCGGUGCACAAUGUGAUUAAAAGCAAUGAUGUAGAAGCAUAUUGA